AUGACUGAUAGUGAAAUGAACGCUGAUUUGAGUCGUCUACGAUCCUUCAUCCAUCAUGGCAAAUUGAAAAAGAUCAAAAAUCUUUUAAAUAAUCAACCAAAACGAUUAAACUAUUUUCUCGAACAUGAAUUUGAUGCUUGUGCCCAUGCUACACAAUUUAAAGAAGAGAGAGCUUUACGUCUCCUACAUGAAUAUGGAUUUCCAAUCGAUGGCUAUCCUCGUACACGCUCAUUAACGCCUUUGAUCAUCGCUAUUCGUCGUUGUGAUAUUGGUUUUGUUCGAACACUUAUUGAACUUGGCUGUGAUGUCAAUUGUUCUGUUCGUUCCUAUACAAUCAUUCCAUUGAUUGAAGCUUAUCAAGUGUAUAAAAAUAAGCAGGAGAAUCUUUUUUUCUUUGAAACUGCUAAAGAAAUAUUCCGAUUUCUACUACAAUCGGGUGCAUCGCCCAAUGUUUACAACACACAUAGUAUGCGUCUUGUUCAUUUAACAGCGAUCGACGGUGAAUUUGAUUUAUUAAAACUUUUAAUAGACUCCGGUGCUUUUAUUAAUGUAAUUACAACAACACAUCGUAAAAAUUUACUUCAUCUUCUGUGUGAUCGAGCCGUCGAGCAACCGACGGAGAGUUUUUUUCAAAUUCUUCGUAUGCUUAUCCAAUUGGGAUGCGAUAUAAAUCAGCGAGAUGAUUGCUUUGAAACACCACUUAUGUGCACACUACAUCAUGGGAGUAGUUUAACUAUUGCACAUGAACUCAUUGUUGAAGGUACUCGACUCGAUUUAAAAAAUAAUUUCGGUAAUACAUAUUUAACACGAGCUGUCCACUAUGCACUAUAUGAUCAUGCUCGUAUGGCUCUCUAUGCCGGUGCACCAUGUCGCGUAUGGCAAUGUCCAUUUCCUUACGUCAACCGUAAUUAUCAACAGCAACAAUCGUCUACUGAAACAAGUCUUAUGGAUGCUAUUGUCGAUUAUGAACGUUUUGUUAGUCAACUUGAAGUUUAUUUAUUAAAACCAAGACAAUUAAAAGAUCUAGCACGAUUACAAAUACGAAAAACUCUUCCAUGUCCAUUGAGUAAAUCAAUAGUUCUACUGAAAGAAUAUGUACCCAGUUCACUUAUUGAUUAUUUGAUGUUUAAAGAAAUGAAAACAAUAUUAAAUAUUGAAUAUUAA